AUGUGUAUAGCUCUGAUCUCAACCGCCCACCCGCGCUAUCGUCUGAUCUUGCUCAACAACAGAGAUGAAUACCUUCGCCGUCCAACAGCAGCCGCGGAGUGGUGGGCAGCACCCAACUCGCACGUUCUAGGCUCGCGGGACCUCGCUAGAGAAGUACAGGGAACAUGGAUGGGGGUGACAAAACAAGGCCGUCUAGCCGUUCUUACGAACUACAGAGAAAAUACUCCCGCGACAAUCGUUGGCCUACGAAGCAGAGGCUCCAUCAUCAAUGGCUUCCUUGCACUGCCGCCAGACGACCACACCACGGCCCAGCAGUAUAUCAAGGACCUUGUUGCUGGAGGCGAGGGCCAGGCUGCAGGUGGAUUCAGCCUUGCAUGCGGUGACGUACUGGGGCCAUUGGGUAUAGUAUCCAACCGCGCCUCGGCCAGUGAUGAGAUACCCUGGAUAGCAACUGGGCGGAACCAAACUGUGGGACUAAGCAAUACGGCGUUUGGGGAUAGAACAUGGCCUAAGAUAUUGGAUGGCGAGAGACUGCUGAAAGAAGCGUUGCAGAAGAGUUAUGCGCGCCAGGAAAACGAGUCGGAGCUUAUUGAGCGGUUACUUGCGUUAUUGAGCACGGAUACGUUGCCGAGAUUACAUGACAGAGCAACAAUGGAGGAAUAUACACCGUUUUUGAGCGAGAGUAUCUUUAUACCUGCUGUUGGGGAUCCAGAUGAAGGCGUGGAAGCUGUUGUGUCUCAUGGUGCAGAGGCGCAUACGUUAUAUAUGAAGGGGCUGUAUGGAACGCAGAAGCAGACUGUUAUUCUAGUUGAGGAGCCAGGGAGGGUGAAGUUUUUUGAACGCACGCUUUAUGGUGAUGAUGCGAAGGAGGUUCCCGUUGGCAAGGGGGAUAGAGAAUAUGAGUUUGUUGUCGAACGAGCUGGAGAGUCAGAGUCACAGGCAAAGGCCCAUCUGUAG